CGAAGUCCAUCAAGCGAGUGAGACCGUCGGACUCUGCCUCUCUUGGCUGAGGUAUUUACUUGAGUUAGUGUGUGUCCCUGUCCCUAAUAAAGGGAAUUUUGCAGGACGGUUUAAUGAAGACUUGUGAUAAUGUAAAGAAAAUAAUCGCAAUUUGGGGAUAGUGAAGUGUGAAUAGUUAAAGUGUGCAGCUGGUAAUUUGUUCAGUUUCUUCCGAGUAGACAACUAUCUUUGUGCGAUCGAUUGCCCUCAGUAACAUUGAAAAUAAGUUUGAAAACUAAUAUUCAAAUUCCGAAUUCAUUGCUUGUUACAUACUUUCGGAGCACCUUUGAUAAAGUGAAGUGAACCAAAGUUGAAAUGAAUGCGGAAGUAAACGGAUGAGUUACUUCAAAGGCCUAUCAAAUGUGUGACAAGCCUGCGAUGAAUAUGAUACCGUAAGUGGAAUCGUGCAUAUUUUGUUCAUGCAAAGAAAAAAAAUUGCGUGCUAAACGGCUUUGGUGUGAUCCAUUCUAGAAGUGAUUUAAGCGUUUCGAUCCAUCAACAAUUCUCUUCAGUUUGAGAAUUAAAGCAUUCUUCUUUGUAACAACAAGGUGUCACUUUGAUAAGUAAAGGGAGAACGGGAAAUACUAAAAUGUGUAUGUGUUGAAGGAUGUGAUAGUAGCAGUGUGUCGUCAAUUUACGUACAACUAUAUACAAGCAGUGAUCAUUAUACCGCAGGAAAAACCAACUAGAACAUGACACAAUAAAAAAACUGCGUGGUCUCCCAGAUUACCUGCCACAAAUAAUGGCUAACUACAUUACAGUGGAAAUAAAACUGUGAGUGUGACCGGACUUGUUUAAAAAUUUAGAUUGCUAUUACUCAGCAUAAAAUAAUCGUGAUAUACUCUCCACACGAUGAAAACGGCACCAUCACACGCUGCAACACAUUUAGUGAGUACGCGCUACGGCGGGCAAUCGUAACGUACCGUCGAGGUUGGCCAUUCGCUGUGAAACGCAGGCAGAUUUACGCACAGGAAUACGUACGGGCUGCGGACCACUACACAUCAAGCUACCCAAAUGGUUAUGUCGCCCAGCAGACGACUGUCUUCACCAGGUAUUGCUGCCCAUCCGAUAAAUAUGCAUUUGAGCUCUCUGCAACUGAACUCACAGCUGCAACUCAAUGCUCAAAUGCACCAGAAGUUUACGGUCGGACUUACUCCAAACCACAUGAGCGGAUUUUUCAAGAGCCCAUCGACUUCUCCGAGCAGUAUUAAUGCGAAUAUGAGCAACAGUGGCGCCAGCGCCUUGACAAGCUCCAGUCACACAUCGUCCAAGCCGGCAACCAACGGUAACAGUGAUCGUAAUUCUCGGGACAACUCCACUCCCACUAGUGCGAGCACUAGCAACAGCGGGAACAGCAACAACAGCAUGCCUUCCGUUACGGAACUAUCUGCACAUCCACUCAAUCGGCUCCAAUCGAUGCAGCCCUUUGAUUUCCGCAAACUUUCGGCUGCUGCUGCCAGUCUGAGUGGAUUCACGGCGGCAGGUCUGCCACCACCGAGGCUAAGCCCCGAAGCAGCUGUUGCUCAGCAUCAUUUUAAUCAGCAACAAGCAGCAGCCGCAGCCGCAUACGCUGCCAACACGGUCAAACGACGUAACUCACAGACCUCCUUGGAUGCGCAGGCGGCAGUAUCUCGUGAGCAUGCUGCAGCUGCGGCCAACUUCAUGAAUCUGUCCAUGAGUGGCCAUGGUUUACCCUUUCCCUUACCACCUCCACCACCAUCAUCGUCAGUCGCCAUGUCGUUGGCAAACUCGCUCAACCACUCAGCUGCCGCAAUGGCCGCAGCGGUCUCGGGCAACCCUUUGGCAGCUAGUUUCGUCGCUCAGUCAUUUCCAAACCUGCUGGCUGCUUCAGCCGCCCGCGAGUCAACUCGUAGUAAAUCACCUCACUCACACCACAAACUGCCGCAUAAAGCAAGCUCCCAUGAGCAACACAAAAACUCUUUGGACAACAGCACUUCGAAUGAAUCGGGAAUCGUACGAGAUCAUCGGGCCGGAGACGGAGAAAGAGAGUCGUCAGCAGCACACCAUCAUCAGGAACAGCGUGAUCGUGAACGAGAAAAUGUUCUAAAUCUGAGCCGUGACUUGGCAGCUGCAGCAGCGGCUGCAAAUCGUCGCCUCCAGCAACCACCUUUGCAACCUGGUGCGGCAAUGUCUCGCAUGCACCACCUACCACCAUCGUCAGGAGGUCAGCUUAAGAAGCCUCCUUCGUCUCCAAGCAGCAAGCGGCAAUGGGGUGCAAUCCCGCCCAACCUUGGUACACAGUACGUCAACCCAGCGACAGGAAAGAAACGCGUUCAAUGCAAUGUUUGCUUCAAGACCUUUUGUGAUAAGGGUGCCCUCAAGAUCCAUUUCUCGGCUGUACACCUGCGAGAGAUGCACAAAUGCACUGUUGAAGGCUGCAGCAUGAUGUUCAGUUCGCGUCGUUCCCGGAACCGGCAUAGUGCCAAUCCUAACCCAAAGCUACAUUCUCCGCACCUUCGUCGCAAAAUAUCACCACAUGACGGUCGCAGUGCACAGCCUCAUCCUAUUCUCCUUUCCACAGCGGGUAUGCCACUUCCGAAUGGACUUAGCCCGUUACACCCGUUCGGUCCCGCGUUCCCUCUUAUUCCACCCGGGGAACACCUACGAGGGCAUCCAUCGCUCUCGGCAUUAGAGUUCAAGGCAAAUAUGGAGGCCAGCAUGCAUAGACGGCUCGCUGCCGAACAUCAUCAUGCGCAAGUGGCAGCCGAAAAGCAUAAUCGUGAAAGUGCACGCGUUUCCCUGAGCCCCGAAAACUAUCGGUACCGCAGCAGCCCCCAUAGUGAUACACCUGAUCGAUACAUGGGCUCUUCUUCGGGGGCGUCGUCGGGAGCACCACAUCUAAACAGUUCAGGAAGUCGACUGGACGACGAAGACGGCGAUGAAGACGAAGACGAUGAUGAUGAUCGCAACGGAAUCGUCAUUGAUGGUAACGAUGUAGAUGACGAUGUCGAAGGGCACCAAUUCGACAUGUCACUAAGCUCAGAGUCAGAAGACGUGAAGUCAUUUGGCCGACAUGAAGACGAUGAGGAUGGAUUUUCGGAACGAGGUGAGGAGGAGCCACAAGACUUCAGCCUGUCGAAACGCCACAACAGACCCUCUACGGAUGCUGAUGACAUUGCUAGCAAUAACGGCGAUAGCAACGGUGAAGUAACUCGUGAUGAUGUUAAUGCAUUCCUCUCAAGCAAUAAACGCAAACGCAAGAGUCUUAAUCCCACCAAAUGUGCCGUGGUUCCUUUGUCUCGGUUGUCAAACAACGAAGACAAUGAGGAGAAAGAGCCAGCAGCGCGAACCGAAGAAGAAGCAUGUGAAACAUCGAUUCCGCUGGUGAAAAAAAUUAAGAUAGAAUCAAUCGACGAUGAUCAACCUGUAGCUUUAUUGAGGUCGGAACAAACAGUAUCGCCAGGUCCAAAAUCGCCAACCGAGCAGGAUUCAGCAGUGGUUUCUCCUUCUCUGCAAAAUGGAGAUUGCGAUAAAGAAGGUAAGGAAAGCAAUGCUAACGAAAUUGAAAAAGAUGAUUCAUUAGUCUCCGAUCGAAGGCCCUCAGGGGAUGGAGAAAAAAAGGUAGUGCCCAAUGAAACGGUUCGUGUUAAAGCGGAACCUACGGAGGAAGGAUUUCAAGAACAAUCCGCAUCAGAAGCCACCGAUUUGUCGUUAGAUCUUUCCAAAAAACAAUCUCGUUCCAGUCCUGAUGUUAACGCGAAUGAAAAAUUCCAGAGCAAGUACUCGAUUGAUGUUCGACCAUCGUCCGAGUUGCUAGAAAAUCCGCUUUCAUUAAUACGCCCAAAGCAAGAAGUUUCCGAAAACGAUCGCCAACGCCCGGGCUCGGCAGACAGUAAGAAAAGUGCAGGUGACAACUUUGAUUCGGCUAACACACUACGGCGGCUAGAAAAUCUUUCACAUGGUCCAUUGAAUGAUAUUAUGAUUCAACGAGCUGCAGGGCUUCUUGGCGGACCACAGUUCCCCCCGCUAAGCUACUUGAUGAAUGCAGCGCCUCCGAGCCCGGCUAGGUCACGCAGUCCUUCUCCACCGACUUGCCAGGAUCACGAGCUAGAAGAUUCGGACGACAACGUGGAUUAUUGCGAGGAAGGAAACUGUUUCAGUGAUCCCGACGUUCCAUUAGACAAGGACAACCCAAAGAAAUGCUCAGCCUGCGGCAAACUUUUCCAAAACCAUUUCGCUGUGAAGACUCACUACCAAAAUGUACACCUAAAAUUGCUUCAUAAGUGCAAUAUUGAUGGAUGUAACGCGGCUUUUCCUUCAAAGCGUAGCCGUGACCGCCACGCUUCAAAUUUAAACCUUCAUCGAAAACUUCUUUCAACCACAGCUGAUAGCAAUGAAACAGUUUUACCAAUGGAAAAGCAUCAACAGCAACAGUAUACUGGAGCAGCAACUUUCCCCGGAUCAGCUCUACCAGCUGAAUUUUUGGCCCGUCUGUAUGCCGAUUCCCAAAAAUUCCCUAUGAACUUGGAAGCAGCGUUCAAGAAUCAUGCACUCGCUUCGGGCGGUUCCGCUUACUCUGAUCAUUUUCUAAAUGGAUCCAGUACCCAGCGCAGUUUCCAAUCGGGUGCCACCAAUCCCUUCCUGUUCCCUCCUCUUGGGGGCCUUGCCGGUUUCCCUGCGUUGUCUCAAUUUUCUCACCUUCUACCGCACCCGUUAAAUGGCAUCGCUACACAAUUAUCGGGUGAUGGGACUGCUGCAGCUGCAAGUGGAUGUGGUAGUGGCGGUGGUGGUCGAGUAUCAGCGUCUAGAUCCGAAUCUCCUAUAUCCGCUUGUUCGCCACCAGUUACCACCAACAUUCCAUCACCUCUAUCACAGCACGACAGGACGACACCGAAUUCUGGCAAUGGAGGAUCAUUUCACAGCUCAGCUUCAGAAACACGAUCAACUAUCCCAGCCAAUAACAAUCGAUGCACGCCGGACUCGUUUUCGUGAUCAAUAGAUGGAGUGAAACACUGUUGCCUUCUAAACACCGAACCAUAGGUCUGUUGUCACAAUGAUCUCGUUUUAUUUUAAUUACUUCUACAUAUUCGGCCUAUUCACUACGUUAAUAGAAUGAGUGGCGAGUAUACUUAUAGCCUUUAAUAGAUUGAAUAGAGCUUUGCUACUUUCUUUGAAGGGUUAGGAGAUAAACUUAUCUACUAUUGAAUUCACUCCAUAACAUACAGAGUAACAGAAGCUACCAUGCUUAAAGUAAUGACAUGAUUAAACGGCCGUUAAUUAAGUGCGGUGCCCACAAAACGACUGUGUAAUCUUAAUCUCAAAUAAAUGAAUUUAUCAAACAAUUAAUCUCCGAGCUCCCUUAUGGGUAAGGAGCAUAAUAGCCGGGGGAAUGUACCAAAACAUUGCGUAUCUCGUAUCGUAAUUUAUUAUUAAAACCUUUCAUUGAUAAUCCCGAGGUUAUAUAUGAGAUAAACUCAAUUAAAAAACGAUAACGUAAUCACAAACCUUCAUUUACAUUGUAAGAAAUGACGUAAGGCUUGCUUUAGCUUGGGUUAAUGUGGAUAUGGGUAGCUACAAUUAGAAAAAGAGGAAAAUAAUUUCUUUUCUUCUUAAUCGUUGCGUUAGAGAGAUCGUCACUUUACUUAAGUGCCCAGUGAUAUGAAUAUAUAUGUACAUUCAAUAAUAGAAUGCAAUGAAGAUGUAAGGCACUCGUGAAUCAUAACAUAUUUGUAGUAAAAUCGAUUUCGAAAACAGUUUGAUUGAAUAGACAAACUAUUUCCAUAAAUUGAUAUUUGAUUCGAUUUCGAAUUUUAGCUGAAAGUAAAAACCAAGCUCAUGUUGAUCUACAAAGUGCAGGAAUAAGGAGGAAUAUAAAUAAGCUUUGAUUUAAAUUGGAUCAGAAAAAUUAAAAAAAUCAUUUGAUUUUAAUGUUCGCUAGGUUAUUACAAUUGAUUACAAUUUAUUUUUUUACGUUAACUUUGCAUGGUUCCUAAUUGUAGAAAACAUUCAAGUAAGCAUGCAAAAAAGUGUACAUUUUAGUGAACUGUGAGUCUCAUUACAACGAUCUAGCAAUAUAAGCAUACAAAAAUGAAAAAAUUGGAAUUAUGUACCUCUGACUCUGUCUCCAAACUACUCUAGUUUUUAACAUUGAAUUGACAAGCAACAAAGAUAAAAGGAGCGUUGUCCUUGUCGACAAGUAAGCACAUGUCUGUCAGCAACACCAAAAUCUUCCAUGAUUUAAGUUUAGUCUUAGAAGAACGUGAGAAUACUACUCUUGUAGGAACAAUAAGGCAACGUCGCACAAAUAUCAAAACUAAUCUUGAGAGCUUUUUACUUUACUUAGGUAUUCACAACGCACUCCAUCUUGCUGGAGGUUACAGAUUAAGCGUUCUGCAGGUAGUGAUUUCAAUCACAGGCGUUAGAAGUCGUUGCGUUAGCAGCAAACAUCCUAUUCAUGAAUGUGCAAUAUUUUAAGCCUCUAUCUAAGACUGCGCUCAAACUUAGUCGUUGCGGAAGUAAGCUAGAUGUGUGAACGGUAACUAAAAUGAAACUGUUUAAUUAGUUUCAUUUUUUCACUAAUAACACAGAGAGUCAUACGAACACUGUGUUCCAUGGGUUAAGAAGCGUGUGCUCUCCUGUAUAACAAAUAUAAAAUGUAUCGUAACAUAACGAUCGCUGAUUGGAUUGAUAGGAUUGAAAACAAACAAGCGGAGAGCAUUUUCAAACACACAGUAAAAAAUAUUUGAAAAUUUUAUUUCCUAGAUAAUAUCAACGAUGCUCUAUUGGAACUGAUAAAGUCUACUUGUAUAAAUAUACACAUAAGAAAAGAAAAAUAAAUUCUGAUGUAACUUAGAUAAAUAUUAGUUCCUCUAAAGGGGAAAGAUCAGUUUAAUGUACUACCUACAAAAAGCAAAAAUCAAGCAAAUAUUGAAUCUUCCCACCUUCCCAUUCAGCGAGGGGAGUAGACAAACAUGGAAAAAUAAAAUAUCUUACAUGAAUCUUGAUACAA